GAAAUGUGGUUACGCCGGAUCCAAUUUCCCGGAGCAUAUUUUCCCAGCUCUGGUGGGACGUCCUAUUAUUCGGUCCAGUGUUAAGGUUGGCAAUAUUGAGAUCAAGGACCUCAUGGUGGGCGAUGAUGCCAGCAAGUUGCGUUCCAUGUUGGAGGUGAACUACCCCAUGGAGAACGGGAUUGUGCGCAGCUGGGAGGACAUGAAGUACUUGUGGGACUACACCUUUGGCCCAGAGAAACUCAACAUUGACCCCCGUAACUGUAAGGUCUUGCUCACCGAGCCGCCUCUGAACCCCACCAAGAACCGAGAGAAGAUCAUUGAGGUUAUGUUUGAAACCUACCAGUUUGAUGGUGUCUAUAUUGCGAUCCAAGCUGUGUUGACACUUUAUGCUCAGGGUCUGCUGACCGGGAUAGUGGUGGACUCUGGAGAUGGGGUCACCCACAUCUGCCCCGUUUACGAGGGUUUUUCAUUGCCGCACCUUACCCGCCGGCUGGAUAUCGCAGGGCGUGACAUCACGCGCUACCUGAUCAAGCUCUUUUUACUUCGCGGCUACGCCUUCAACCACUCGGCUGAUUUUGAGACGGUCAGGAUGAUGAAGGAGAAAUUGUGUUAUGUGGGUUACAACAUUGACCAGGAACAACUGUUGGCCCGCGAGACAACCGUCCUGGUGGAAUCCUAUACGCUGCCAGAUGGACGUGUGAUCAAACUUGGGGGGGAACGCUUCGAAGCCCCCGAAGCUCUGUUUCAGCCUCACCUCAUCAACGUGGAAGGAAUGGGGAUGGCUGAGCUACUGUUCAACACCAUUCAAGCCUCCGCUGUGGACACCCGGGCAGAGUUUUAUAAGCAUAUUGUUCUUUCGGGGGGCUCCACCAUGUACCCUGGUCUGCCAUCCCGCCUGGAGCGUGAGAUCAAGCAGUUGUAUUUGGAGCGGGUGUUAAACGGGGAUGUAGGGAAGCUGUCGAAAUUCAAGAUUCGCAUUGAGGACCCGCCAUGCCGAAAACACAUGGUGUUCUUGGGGGGCGCUGUGCUCGCCAACAUCAUGAAAGACAAAGAGGGAUUCUGGCUACAACGGUCCGACUACCUGGAAAAGGGGACCCGAGUUCUGGAGGCGCUCGGAGGGCCUGUGCGAUAAGAGGGGAGGCACUCCUCAUGCUUUCCAGCCCACUUUUCCUAUCUCCUUUUCUUUUUCUUUCCUUCUUUCCUUCCUCUUCCUUUUUCUUUC